CUUUGGAGACCACAAAUACACACAAUGAUCCAGCAGCAGCUGAGACAGCUCCUGCCAGAGGGUAAGGUGGACACUUCUGCUGUCCUCGCCCUGCUCGGUGGCUCUGUGGCAGUCCUGGGGGUCUGGAAAUGGCUGGGCAAAAAGAUGGUCCAGAAGAAAAUGGAAGAGGCUCGGAGGACUCGGGACGAAGGGAUGAAGAAAAUGGCAAAGGCUGUCCAGCAGUUCAGGGAGCAGGUCCCCAGUGUCCAGAGAGAUGCCAUUCUGUCCCUGCCCCUUCUGGAACUCGCUGGAAGGCUCCAGGAAGGGUCUCUGUCCCCCAGGACUGUCCUCUACACCUACUUAGAGAAGGCCCUGGAAGUGACCCAGCAGACAAACUGCUUGAGACACUUUAUCCCAGAGUGUGAGGAGCAGCUCCAGGAAAUAGAACAGCGCAAGGAGAAAGGGCUGCUCUAUGGCAUCCCCGUCAGCAUCAAGGAUCACAUCGGCCACAAGGGCCACUUGGCAACCUGUGGGCUCGUGCAGUGCCUGGGCACUCUGAUGGAGGAGGACAGUGUCCUGGUCAAGGUCCUGAAGAGACAAGGGGCCAUCCCUUUUGCAAUGACCAAUGUGCCACAAUCCCUCUUCAGCUAUGACUGCAGCAACCCCAUCUUUGGCAAAACCUUGAACCCCUUCAAUGCCCAGAGGAGUCCGGGGGGCUCCUCAGGAGGGGAGGGGGCUCUAAUUGCAGGGGGAGGCUCCAUCCUGGGCAUCGGCUCCGACAUGGGUGGCAGCAUCCGCCUGCCCUCCAGCUUCUGCGGGCUCUGCGGCCUCAAACCCACUGGGAACAGGCUCAGCCUAUCUGGAGUGACUGGCCCUGUCAAUGGCAUCCUGGCAGUCCCCUGUGCCCUGGGGCCCAUGGCCAGGGACGUGGACAGCCUGGCCCUGUGCAUGAAGGCGCUGCUCUGCCAGGAGAUGUUCCAGCUGGACCCCACCGUGCCCCCCAUCCCCUUCAAUGAGGAGGUGUACUCCAGCUCCACUCCCCUGCGGGUUGGCUACUAUGACACUGAUGGCUACUUCCCACUGCCCCCCUGCAUGAGGAGGGCAGUGAAGGAAACCAGGAAUGCUCUGCAGGCAGCUGGGCACCAGCUGGUGCUCUUCUCUCCUCCUCGGAUCCCCUAUGUCAUGACUGAACUGUUUCUGAAGACGUUUUUUGCUGAUGGAGGCCGUACCUGGCUGGAUGUGUUCACAGGAAAUAUUGUAGAUCCAGGCUUGAAACCACAGGUGAAUUCGUGCAAGAUGCCGAGGCUGGUGAAGAAGCUGCUGGCUCUGCUUCUUAAACCUCUGUUUCCCCGCCUGGCUGACUACCUGAGUGCCUUGGCUGGAAUGAGGUCAGUGAAAGAGAUGUGGAAUCAUCACCAUCGAAUACAGGAGUACCGCUCCCAGUUCAUCACCCAGUGGAAGGAACUCCAGCUGGACGUUGUGCUGUGCCCUGUCCUGGGCCCUGCCUUCACCACGGGAUACCCUGGAAAACUCCUCACUGCCAUCUCCUCCACAAUGCUGUACAAUGUCUUGAACUUCCCCGCUGGGGUUGUUCCCGUCUGCACCGUGACAGAGGCUGAUGAGGAAGAGCUAAAGCUUUACAAAGGAUCCUGUGAUGACCCCUGGGACCGGGCACUGAAACAGGCUGUGGCAGGAGCCCUGGGGAUGCCCGUGGCCGUGCAGUGCGUGGCUCUGCCGUGGCAGGAGGAGCUGUGCCUGCGCUUCAUGAAGGAGGUGGAGACCCUCAGCCGUGACAAGAGGAUUAAACACCUCAGUCUCAAACAGAUAAAUAUUCAGAAAACACCACAGCAGGUCUUUCUCAUUUACUUCCUAUGUCUGCAGUAA